AUGUUCCUCUCUGGAAUAGGCCUCCUCUCUGGAAUGGGGCUAGGUUCUUGGUGGUACUCAGACCAUGGAGAUGGAACUCCGAUCGGAAAAACCGAUACCGCAAUCGAUGAUAUCUGCGCUGUUUACAGCCUGAUUCGACAAGAAUCGCCAGGCUGCACCAGCCCGCCUUCCCUGUAUAGUAUCCUCAACAUGGAUGUGCAGGAGCCUCAAGACAAGAAGGUCGACAUCAAGGCGUGGAAGGCCUCGAUAGCCGCGAUCGGAGAUCAUCUUGGGACGGAAACCCGCCAGGAAAAGAUCUUUAUUCGCGCUGCUGGUAUUCUGAUGGACGGUCCCGCUCGAAGUGUUUACGACAACCAGGUUUGGAACAAGAUUCGUGGGCGGUCGGAUGCAUUGAAGGAUAUCUGUGGAUGGAAAAGCUAG